CACGCGUCGAAAUUGGACCGCAAAACCCGCUCCGCGUCGAACGUGAUCAAAUUGCCAAGCUGGAGUGUAAUGUCGACGCUAAGCCAAAAGUCUCCAACAUACGUUGGUCUCGCAAUGGACAAUAUGUCAGUGCCACGCCCACACACACCAUCUUCCGCGUGGGGCGACAUCACGCGGGCAAAUAUACCUGCACUGCCGACAAUGGACUUGGGAAGUCUGGCGAAAAAGAUAUAGUGCUCGACGUACUCUUUCCACCCAUCGUUGUCAUCGAGUCGAAAACGCACGAAGCCGAGGAAGGUGAAACCGUGUUGGUACGCUGUAAUGUUACCUCCAACCCACCGCCUAUUACCAUCGAAUGGCUGAAGGAAGGCGCACCAGACUUUCGCUUCACCGGUGAGCUGCUCACGCUGGUAUCAGUGCGUGCCGAACACGCUGGCAACUACAUUUGCCGCGCCGUUAAUAUCAUGCUUCCGUACACCUCGAAGCGCGUGGAGGGCGUUGGCAACUCGACGGUGGCGCUGUUGGUGCGGCAUCGACCCGGACAAGCCUACAUAACGCCAAAUAAGCCGAUCGUUCAUGUCGGAAAUGGUGUAACGCUCAGCUGCUCAGCCAGUCCACCGGGUUGGCCCGUGCCGCAGUACCGUUGGUUUCGCGAUGUGGAUGGCGAGUUCAGCAACACACAAAAGAUACUGGCACAAGGGCCGCAGUAUUCCAUACCGAAGGCACAUCUCGGUAGCGAGGGCAAGUAUCACUGCCAUGCUGUGAAUGAGCUGGGAAUCGGCAAGAUGGCUACCAUCGUUCUCGAAGUACAUCAACCACCACAGUUUCUGGCCAAGCUGCAGCAGCAUAUGACACGGCGCGUUGGCGAUGUGGACUAUGCAGUCACGUGCAGCGCGAAAGGUAAGCCCACGCCGAUUAUACGCUGGAUCAAGGAUGGCACCGAAGUGCUGCCUGGCCGCAAGUUGUACGACAUACGCACCACGCCGACCGAGGGCCAAGGAGGUGUAGUCACAGUGCAGAGCAUACUGAAAUUCCGCGGCAAGGGGCGACCAAAUGGCAAUCAGCUGGUCCCCGCCGAUCGUGGACUCUACACCUGUCUCUAUGAGAACGAAGUGAACUCGGCCAACUCCAGCAUGCAUCUGCGCAUCGAACACGAACCAAUUGUGCUGCAUCAGUACAACAAGGUAGCCUACGACGUGCGCGAAUCGGCCGAAGUUAUCUGCAAAGUGCAGGCCUAUCCAAAGCCAGAGUUCCAAUGGCAAUUCGGCAACAAUCCUUCCCCACUCACAAUGUCCUCAGAUGGGCAUUACGAGAUCGCCACACGCAUGGACAACAACGACAUCUACACCUCGAUACUACGCAUCAACCACAUCUCACACUCAGACUAUGGCGACUACACCUGUCGCGCGGUCAAUCCACUCGACACAAUACGCACACAGAUUAGACUGCAACCGAAGGGUGCACCGGAACGACCAGGCGCUUUGAAAGUGAUGGAAGUUUCGCACAAUUAUGCCAUACUCAGCUGGAUACCGGGCUUCAAUGGUGGCAUGCAGAGCACAAAAUACCUUGUCUCUUAUCGCCGUGUGGCCACGCCGCGUGAGCAAACCCUCUCCGACUGCGCCACCCACACCUACACCACCUCCAUUGCAAGCAGCCUCAGCAGCAGUGGCGGCAGUGCGAGCAGCAUCAGUUCAGCUGAUUGGUUAGAAUUCGAUUGCUAUCGCGAGAAUCCAUGCAAAGUGACACCGUUGGAUCAAUAUCAAAGCUAUAUGUUCAAAGUGUAUGCGCUCAAUUCGAAAGGCAGUUCAGGUUACUCAAACGAAGCAUUGGCCACCACAAAAGUGAGUAAAAUUCCGCCGCCGCUACACGUCACCUACGAUCCCGAUUCGCAUGUUUUGGGCAUCAAUGUUGCGGCGACAUGUCUGUCAUUAAUUGCGAUUGUCGAAUCGUUGGUGAAUCGCGAAACGCCAAUGGCCACGUGGGAGAUUGUGGAUACGGUGACAUUACUGCCGUCCGGCGCAGAAGCCACAUUCAAAGAAGCCGUAAUUAAUCACAUUCCACAAACGACACACUACAGCGCGUCCGGUCGGACGUUGGGCAAUGCAGAGGACAUAACAUUGGCGCUGGCAGAGACGGCGCAAGGGCCGACGGUGCGCGUGAAAUUGUGUUUGCGCACAAAUCACGACCAUUGCGGACAGUAUGCGAAUGCGGAGAUUGGCAAAUCAUACAUGCCCGACUCGUCAGCGCUAACGACAUCCGCCGUAAUAGCCAUAAUCGUCUCAUCCAUCGCAUUCCUGCUACUCGUCGCACUCUCGGUGGUCUUUUUCCACUGUCGACGUGCUGCGUCCAACAAGAAGGCCAGCACCACCUCACCCGCCAAAGAAUACGAUCUCGACUCGGGUCGUCCGUCUAUUGUGGCGCAAACAAAUCAAGCGCCACCACCCUACUAUCCCACCGGUAGUCUGGAUAGCAGCAAAUCAUUAGACGCACAUGCGAUGGAGUUGACACUCACUGCCGUGCAGGACACCGAAGAACAGCUGCAUCAGCAGCAGCAGCAGCAGCAACAACAGCAGAAAUCUGCGGCUUCCGUCUAUGGCUCACAGAAUGGUUAUGGUUAUCAUGUCACAUCAGCUCUUGGAGGCGUCAGCGGCGGUGGUGGCGGCAAUGGCAGCGACGGGGAUAGCUAUCAAGUGACGCCAUUAGCGCACUCCACCAUUGCGGGCCGCAGCGAGUCAUCUUUCUCCAAGGAUGGCCUCAUCAGAUGUUGGCAUUGUCCACGAAACUGCGCAUAUACAUCAGUACGGGCAUAA